GAGCUAUCCUUGAAAAGGAACCUUGAUGCCCCACAUCUGAAAAAUCCCCAAAAGGGAAGAUACCCCUCCUACACAUAUAACUCCAUAUAUGCCAAAUUACAUUCACAUGUCUUUGUUUCUACUGAAAAAGAUAAAUCUCCCUCUAGCUUUUGUUUACAGUUGGAUCUCCACCAACUCUUCUUGCUGCUUAUCCACAAAACACAACUCAUCUUCUACUAUAUCAUAAUGCUUUGAUUGCUAUUCACUAAAAUCCAACAGUUCAUUGAGGUGCCUAUCUGAAGUUUAUCUCCCAAAUUUUAGCUGCCAUGAAUCCGGUAAUUCUCUUGUUUCUUUCAUCUUUGUUUAUCAAGUCAUUAUCUUCGAGGGUUGAGCCGGCUAAAAUCAAUGCCCAUAUCACUGUAAUGGGUUUUGUUUAUUGUGACAUUUGCUCCAACAACAGCUUCUCCAGACACAGCUACUUCUUACCAGGUGCAGGAGUCAGAAUAGAUUGCAAGUUCAAAGCAAGUUCACCGAAAACCAAAGAACAAGUAUCAUUCUCAGUAAACAGAACCACUAACAGGUAUGGCGUCUAUAAGUUGGAAGUACCUUCUGUUGAUGGAAUUGUGUGUGCUGAAGCAGCCAUUGAAUCUUCCUGCGAGGCAAGCUUAAUGUGGAGUUCUUCUAAGUCCUGCAAUGUUCCUGGAUACAAAUCCACAUCAGAUCAGAUAGCAAUCAAAGCCAGACAUGCCAAUCUCUGUAUCUAUAGCCUUAGUGCAUUGACUUUUAGACCAUCGAAAACUGAUCUUACCUUAUGUGGAAAUUAAGAAGAAAGAAAAUUUUCUGCA